CUUCAACUUCAGACAACCUUCAGACCCAGCUCAAAACAUGAAGAUGCAGUUUACAGAAAAGAACCACAACAGUUUUAUGGUACAGGCCCUUAACAAACAAAGAAAGAACAAGGAAUUUUGUGAUGUGGCUCUCAGUGUGGACCAGACUGUCUUCCAUGCCCACCUCAACGUCUUAGCAGCUAUGUCUUCCCAUAUAAGGAGUUUGAUAUCCAGCAAUGAUAUGAAAGCAGAUGAUGAACUCUAUAUUAUCAUUGAUGCGAAAUUCAUGAGCCCGGCCUUAAUGGAGGAAUUGCUUGAUUAUUUCUAUACUGGGAGGAUUGUGAUUUCAGAGAAAAAUGUGGAGGAACUGCUGAAGGGAGCCAAGUACUUCAGUUCCCAAACUUUAAGAAGUCACUGCUCUGAUUUCCUCCUCCGGUCCCUCAAAAUGGAGAACUGCCUCCAGUACAUUCUGAUAGCCACUACAUAUGACCUGAAGGACAUAAGGAAUGCUGCCUAUGAUGGGAUACGAGACAAUUUUCAUUAUUGGGUAGGGCCUCAGGGCAUAUCAGAAUUUAUGCAAUGCCCUUAUCACGUCCUCAGCAAAUUGCUUAAAGAGGAGAAUCUUCACGUGCAAAACGAAGAUCAGAUCUUUCUCGGUCUCCUUCAGUGGAUAAAAUAUAAAAAGAAUGAAAGGGAGAAGCAUUUUAAAAAGUGCUUUGGCUAUAUACGUUUAACAGCAGUUUCUACCAAGACACUACUUGCAGCCUGUCGGGAAGUGUUGCUCUUUGCAGACCACACUGGACCUCUGUCCCGGAUAGAAGCUGUGUUGAGUGAACGUAAACAUGGAAGUCCUCAAAGUUUGAUGCUUCAACAAAGGAAGGGGGCACUAGUGGACUCAGUAGUAAUCUUAGGGGGACAAAAAGAACAGGGCAAAUUCAACAAUGAGGUGUUUGCAUAUGUAAUAGGAGAGAAUAUCUGGAUGAAACUCACAGAAAUGCCUUACAGAGCAGCCGCACUCAGCGCAGCCUCACUGGGGAAAUUCAUUUAUGUCUCUGGAGGAACCACUGAGCAGAUCUCUGGGCUGAAGACUGCCUGGAAGUAUGAUAUGGAUACCAACACAUGGAUCAAACUUCCAGAUCUGCCAGUUGGUCUUGUUUUCCAUAGCAUGGUGACUUGUGGAGGCGCAGUGUAUUCUAUAGGAGGUAGCACAGCCCCAAGAAGGUACAUUUCCAGUAUCUACAAGUACGAUGAAGGCAAAGAGAAAUGGACUCUUGCUGGGAAGAUGAGUAUACCUAUGGACGCAACUGCACUGAUCACCAAGGGAGACAAGACUAUUUACAUUGUGACAGGGAGAUGUCUGGUAAAUGGGCGCUUCUCACGAGUAGGUGUGCUGGACUGCUUUGACACCGAGACCCGGAAUGUAGUCCAGUAUAUCACUUUUCCCAUUCAGUUCAACCAUAAGCCCUUGUUGUCUUUCCCACAUGAGAACAUUUUGAGUAUACAGAGCCACAAAGAGAGCAUGGAAAUAAAUCUGCAGAAGGUUAAAGUUAGCAAAACCUCAAGCCUUGUGCCUCUGCUGCCACAUAACUAUAGUUUGGAUCUGUCACAUGCAGUGUGUUCUAUUGGGAAUAACAAAGUGUUUGUAUGUGGUGGACUUAUUUGUCCAGGUGAAAAACGUCCAGAGGAGUAUUCUAUCAAUCGGCAAGCAUAUAUGUUAGACCAAAGCACUGGGGAAUGGAGGACUUUAGCUGUGCCUCCAGAAGCUCUUGAUUGUCCUGCUUGCUGCAUGGCGAAGUUGCCAUGCAGGGUCCUCCAAAAAACUGUAGUCAAUUAA